AUGGGACAAGUUCUACUUGAACAAAAACUCACAUGGACCCCUUUCCGUGCUACUGCGACUGACAUUCCAGAGAAUGCUCUUUGGGAACAACAUGGUACCAUUGUUGCUGGAGAAUAUAUAAGUGGUAGAGCAAUGAACCAACUCAAUCGUCCAUUGGGCUUAUUUGUGGAUGGCGAACGAACUAUUUUUGUUGCAGAUAACUGGAAUCAUCGUAUUAUGGAAUGGAAGUCGAAUGCGCAGGAAGGUAAAAUGGUCACCACCCUAAAUGAAAAUGAGUCGAAUCCAUUAGGUGGCCCAAGUGAUGUGAUUUUACACAAAGAAGCUGAUAGUCUCAUCACAUGCGAUUAUGUGAAUAGAAAAGUCGUUCGAUGGUCCAGUCAAAAUGCAACAUCUAGAACAACCAUUUUAUCAAAUAUACAUUGUUAUGGUUUGACUAUGGACGAAGUCGGAUCUCUCUACGUAGUUAACAAUGAAAAACACUCAGUAACACGCUAUCGAAGAGAAGACUAUGAAGGAACAAUAGUUGCAGGUGGAAAUGGACAGGGCGACCAUCUCAAUCAACUCAAUAAGCCUCGAUACAUCUUCGUCGACCGAGAUCAUAGCGUAUAUGUUUCUGACAACUCGAAUCAUCGUGUUGUGAAAUGGUUAGAAGGUGCACGAGAAGGCAUUAUAGUUGCUGGUGGACAAGGAAAAGGAAAUAGUCUUCAUCAAUUGUCAAAUCCGAAUGGAAUCGUUGUCGAUCAAAUAGGUACUAUUUAUGUGUGUGAUGAGGGCAAUAAUCGAAUUAUGGUUUGGGUUAAAGGAGCUAAAGAGGGCAAUACUAUCAUUGGUGGUGAACAGGCAGGGCUACAUGUACCGCAUGGAUUGUCAUUCGACCGUCAUGGAAAUCUCUAUGUCACGGAGUAUGGAAAUCACUGUGUUCGACGCUUCUCUUAUAUCUACACACCACUGCGCGACAGUGCAAUCGAUAUUCCAAAGAAUACUGCUUGGAAACAAAUCGGCAUCAUUGUGGCCGGAGGACAUGGCAUCGGUAGCAAAAUCAAUCAGUUCCAUCACCCAACCGGUUUAUUCGUGGAUAAUGAACAAACCGUAUAUGUUGCAGAUACCUGGAAUGGUCGCAUUAUGCAAUCGAAGUCACGUGCAAACGUGACUAAAAUCGUUGCUGGUGGAAAUGGAAACGGAUAUGAAGCUAACCAGUUGUAUGCACCAUCGGAUGUAAUUCUUGAUACACGAACACAUACUCUAAUCAUCGCUGAUUUGGCGAACCGGAGAGUGGUUCGAUGGCCACUAGAAAACGGAACAUCUGGAGAUACGGUUAUAUCGGAUAUCGCUUGUUCCGCUUUAACGAUGGAUGAAAAUGGAUUCCUCUAUACAGUGGACUCUGAAAAACAUGCGGCGAGGCGAUAUCAAAGAGGACUCCCUGUAUCAACUAUUGUUGCAGGUGGAAAUGGACGAGGAGACCGUCUCAAUCAGCUCAGUGACCCUCAAAGCAUCUUCCUUGAUCGAGACCAUACAGUGUACGUUUCCGACAACUCAAAUCAUCGUGUGAUGAAAUGGUUAGAAGGUGCACGAGAAGGUAUUAUAGUUGCCGGUGGUCAAGGAAAAGGAAAUGGUCUUCAACAGUUAUCGAAUCCUAAUGGAAUCGUUGUCGAUCAAAUAGGUACAGUCUACAUAUGUGACUCGGGGAACAAUCGAGUUAUGGCUUGGGUAAAAGGAGCUAGCCAGGGUAGCAUAAUUAUUGGGGGUGACGCGGCAGCACUGGAUCGACCUAUUGGCUUGUCAUUUGAUCCUUUUGGCAAUCUCUUUGUCGUCGAAUAUGGAAGUCAUUGGGUUCAAAGAUUUGAUUUUCUAUGGAGCCCACCACGUGCAAGUGCGAUUUUCAUUCCAAAAAAUUCUCUUUGGAAGCAACAUGGUCUCAUUGUUGCCGGUGGAAACGGCAUUGGUAACGCAGUCAACCAGCUAAAUCAACCAUACGGUUUAUUCGUCGAUCACGAACAAACUGUCUAUGUAGCUGAUAACGGUAAUCGUCGUGUUAUGGAGUGGAAAUCGAACGCACAGGAAGGCCAAAUCGUCCCUACUGGAAAUCAAAACAAAUCCAACUCUAUAGCCAGUCCUACAGAUAUGAUUCUUCAUCAAAUGACUGAUAGUCUUAUCAUAUGUGAUGCUGUGAAUAGAAAAGUCGUUCGAUGGCAUCAUCGAAAGGAAACAUCGGGAACAACGAUCUUAUCGAGGAUUCCUUGUUUUGGUCUGAGUAUAGACGAAGCGGGAUCUUUGUACGUAGUUGAUAUUGAGGGGCACGCUGUAAGAAAAUAUGGAAGUGGUGAUUCAACACGAACAAUUGUUGCAGGUGGCAAUGGACAAGGAGACCGCCUCAAUCAACUUAGUGAUCCUCGAUACAUCUUUGUCGAUCGACAUCAUACAGUAUACGUUUCCGACAACUCAAACCAUCGUGUGAUGAAAUGGUUAGAAGGUGCACGAGAAGGUAUUAUAGUUGCCGGUGGUCAAGGAAAAGGAAAUGGUCUUCAACAGUUAUCGAAUCCUAAUGGAAUAGUUGUCGAUCAAAUAGGUACAGUCUAUAUAAGUGACUCCGAAAACAAUCGAGUUAUGGCUUGGGCCAAAGGUGCUAGCAAGGGGAGUAUAGUUAUUGGGGGUGACGAAGCAGCACUGGAUCGACCUAUUGGCUUGUCAUUCGAUCCUUUUGGCAACCUUUUUGUCUCCGAAUAUGGGAGUGGUAAGGUUCAAAGAUUUGAUUUCAUAUGGAGACCAUUACGUGCGAGUGCCAUUCAUAUUCAAAAGAGUGCUGUUUGGAAGCAACAUGGCGUCAUUGUUGCUGGUGGAAAUGGCAUUGGUAACGCGGUGAACCAGCUGAAUCAACCAUACGGCUUAUUUGUGGACAGUGAACAAAAUGUGUAUGUUACUGACAGUUGGAACCGUCGUGUUAUGGAAUGGAAAUCGAACGCACAGGAAGGAAGAACUGUCAUCACUGAAAAUGAAAGUGAAUCCAAUCCCUUGGUGGCUCCUAUGGAUGCUAUACUUUCCCCAGAGACUGAUAGUCUCGUCGUAUGUGAUAAUGCGAAUAGAAAGAUCGUUCAAUUUCCUCUACGACAAGACGCUACAGGAACAAUCAUCUUGUCGAAGAUUGCAUGUUUCGGUCUGACUAUGGACGAAGUGGGAUCUUUGUAUGUCGUUGACAUUUAUUGGCACACCGUAAGAAGAUAUAGAAGUGGUGAUUCAACAGGAACAGUCGUUGCAGGUGGCAAUGGACAAGGAGACCGCCUCAAUCAACUGAGCGACCCUCGAUACAUCUUUGUCGAUCGACAUCAUACAGUAUACGUUUCUGACAACUCAAACCAUCGUGUGAUGAAAUGGUUAGAAGGUGCACGAGAAGGUAUUAUAGUUGCCGGUGGUCAAGGAAAAGGAAAUGGUCUUCAUCAAUUGUCCAAUCCCAAUGGGCUCGUUGUCGAUGAAUGGGGUACUGUCUAUGUAUGUGAUUCGAACAAUAAUCGAAUUAUACGUUGGUUUGAAGGAGCUAAAGAAGGCAGUAUAAUUAUUGGGGGUGAAGAAGCAGGACUGAACGAGCCAGUUGGCCUAUCCUUCGAUCUUUUCGGGAAUCUUUUCGCCGCUGAAUAUGGUAGUAAUCGCGUUCAACGAUUUGAUCUGAUAUGGAGACCUCUACGGGCGAGCGGGAUUUACAUUGGAAAUAACGCUGCUUGGGAACAACGGGGUAUCGUUGUUGCCGGAGGAAACAGCAUUGGUAACGGUAUAAACCAAUUGGAUCGCCCAUGCUGUUUAUUUGUUGAUGACAAACAAAAUAUCUAUGUCGCUGAUUUUGGGAAUAAUCGUAUUAUGGAAUGGAAAUCGAACGAACACGAAGGAAGAAUCGUGGCCGCUGAAAAUGGAAAUAUAUCCAAUUCUUUGGGUAGUCCAUUGGAUUUGAUUCUUGACAGGGAAUCUGAUAGUCUCAUUGUAUGCGAUACCCGGAAUAAUGAAGUCAUUCGGGUUUCACUCCGACAUGAGGCAAAAGGAAGAACGAUCCUCUUUGGGAUUGAUUGUUUUGGUGUGACUAUGGACAAAGCUGGAUCUUUGUAUGUCGUAGAUCGGUGGUGGUAUGCAGUUAGAAGAUAUGGAAGAGGUGACUCUAUAGGAACAAUUGUUGCAGGUGGUAAUGGACAGGGAGAUCGUCUCAAUCAACUUAGUAACCCCAGAUACAUCUUCGUCGACCAAGAUCACACACUUUACGUUUCUGAAGAAUCAAAUCAUCGUGUAACGAAAUGGUUGGAAGGUGCAUGUGAAGGAAUUGUGGUGGCUGGUGGUCAAGGAAAAGGAAAUGGCCUUCAUCAGUUGUCGGGACCCCAUGGAAUCGUUGUCGAUCAAAAAGGCACAGUGUAUGUAUGUGAUUCGGGGAACAACCGAAUUAUGCGUUGGGAUAAAGGUUCUAAAGAGGGCAGCAUUAUCAUUGGAGGUAACGAAGUAGGUCUGAGUACACCCACAGGAUUGUUCUUCGAUGCUUUUGGUAAUCUCUUUGUCGCCGAAUAUGGGAGUGGCCGGGUUCAACGAUUUGAUUUCAAAUGGAUACCGCUGCGUGCGAACUUGAUUCACCUUCCGGACAACAGUGCUUGGGAACAGCAUGGUAUCACUGUUGCCGGAGGUAACGGUGCUGGUAACACUUUGAAGCAGCUGAAUGGCGCGACGGGUUUGUAUGUGGAUGACAACCAGACAGUUUUUGUCGUCGACGUCGGGAAUAAUCGUGUUAUGGAAUGGAGAUCGAACGCAUCAGAAGGCACUAUCGUUGGUGUUCUUGGCGAAAAUGAGUUCAACCCUUUAGGUGCUGCAUUGGACGUAAUUCUGGACACAGAAACUAAUAGCGUUAUCAUAUGUAAUAUCGGAAACUC